AAAGGUGGAGGAGUCGCUGCUUCCGGUUCCGGUGUGGAGAAGGAGAAAAAUGGUCGGAACGAGGAGGAUGAAGAGCAGUAGAAUGCAGAGCCCUGAAGGGAAGCCAGGGCCGGACGCGGCGGCGGCCUCGCUAAGCCCGAGGAACCCCGAGGGAAGCGGAGGAGGCCCGGCCACGGACAGCCAGGACCUGGAGAGAGAACCGGGUAAACCACCCGAGGAUGCCUCCGUGAAACCCACCGAGGAGAAGGCCCCUGAGGAGGAGAAGCCUCUCCUGAAAGCAUCCAUGAAGGAGCCUGAGCUGAAGAAUAUUUCCCCCGAGGGCAGUGGUGACGGUGGAGGAGAGGGACCCCCGCAGCCGGAGGUCAAGCCUCUCAGCAAAAGACCCUUGGCGGCAGAGUCCCCCAAGCCCAGUCCCAAAAAGGCCAAGAAGAGCAGCCCUGAUGGCGACAAUACCAUCUCCACUGCCUCCCCACAAGCCUCACACGCAGAGGAGAAGCCAGUCAAAGAAGAGCAGCACCCUGAAGCCAAAGCUGAGCAGGCCAAGCCAGAGAGCCAGCCUGAAGCCCUCAAGAAGCCUCCAGAGCCAGUGGAGGAGUCCAGUAGGAAAGAGGAAGCCUCUCUGAAAUCAGAGUCUGCCCCAUCAGGUCCUUCCAGCUCCAGCUCAGACUCUGGUUCUAAGCUCCCUCAGAGCUACAGCCAAGGUGCACUGCUGUUUGGAAAACCCAGGCGUGUCCCUACUGCAGCCGAGUUUAGUUUCCGUAUUGAUUGUGGCAAAGAUUUGGGUAAGAGCAAAAAUGGCGGCCAAAGCAGUACAAAGAAGCUCGACAGCAUGAAGCCGGUUGUACCUCCCACGAAGCUGUGGCCCUCAGAAGGAGACGGCAAGAAAGGAAACCUGCCCAAAAUGAGCGAGAAACCUGAUGCUAGGUGUAUCCCUACUGCAACCAAGAUUAGUUUCAAUGCUAAUCAGGACAAUGAUUUUGGUAAGAGUAAAGAUGGGGACCAAAGCAGUCCAAAGAAGUUCAACAUCUUGGAGCCGGGUAAACCUCCUGCCAGGCUGUGGACCUCAGAAGGAGAUGGCAAGAAAGAAAGCCUGCCAAAAAUGAGCAAGGAACCUGAGGCCAGGAAUAUUCCUACUGCGAUCAAGUUUAGUUUCCGUAUUGAUUGGGACAAAGAUUUGGGUAAGAGCAAAAAUGGUGGCCAAAGCAGUACAAAGAAGCUCGACAGCAUGGAGCCAGAUGAAGCUCCUGCUGAGCUGCAGAACUCAGAAGGAGACGGCGAGAAAGAAAGCCUGCCAAAAAUGAGCAAGGAACCCGAGACCAGGUUUGGGAAAAACCUCAAUAAGAAGCCGAAGAAGGAUAUCCUAUGCUUUGGAAUAGGGAAGGACAUUCCGUGUUUCUUGGGCCCGCUGAGGGGUUUCCCAGAUGACAUUGAGGAAUACAUGGCCGCAAAGCCCCCGGACCUCGGAGACAGCUGCAUCCACUUCUCGCAGUUUGGCAAGUGCCAGUAUUGGGUCACUUGCCGAUUCGCCAGUGCCCACUUAGGAGAGGGCUACCAGAAUGUGGUCAACGAAGAGCUGUGGAAGAAGUGGGAGGGAAGAUCUGCGGUGAGGAACAAGCUGAUGAUUCCAGGCUCUGGCUACAUGAUACUGAAGGAUUUUCCAUUUACAAAGUCCAGAGACUACCUUUUCUGCCUCAACAAAGCCAAUCAGCCAGUGAAGGGCGCCAAAAAAAAGACUGGGACCUCAAUUCUCAAACCAGCUGGUGUCCUGACAGACGAGGACCUCAUAAGGCUGAGGCCAUGUGAGAAAAAAAAGCUGGAUCUUCAAGGCAAGCUUUAUUUGUCUCCGUUAACAAAGUGUGGCUUUCUUCCUUUCCGGAGGAUAUGCAAGCGGUUCGGAGCGGACAUCACCUGUGGAGAGAUGCUCCCUUGUAUAUUGUCCCCGGAUCAAAUGCCGGGUGCUACGACUUAUCUGCACCGCCAUGAAACGGAGGAUUUCUUUGGCAUUCAGCUUCAAGAAAAGGCUCCCAAAUACAUGAUCAGAUACGCAGACCUGCUCAACGAGACAUCCCAAGUGGAUUUUGUGGAAAUUAACGCCGAGCAUCCCCAUAUGUUGAAUUAUUUAAAGGGAGGAGACUCAGGAGAGAAGUCCUUAAUAAACAAUCCUGGUUUGUUUGAAAACAUUGUCCGCGGCUUGGAUUACGUCUUGGAUGUUCCCGUGACAGUGAAACUCAAGACUGGGAUAAAUAAUACAAGCAGGCUGGCUCACACCCUGAUUCCCAAACUCCGGGACUGGGGAGUUUCUAUGGUCACGUUGCAUGGCCGGUCAUCAGAGGGCCUGUACCAAAACCUGGCAGACUGGGAAUACAUAGGAGAAUGUGCAAAACUCUCUGCCCCAAUGCCUCUUUUUGGAAACGGGGAUAUCUUCUCUUUUGAAGAUGCCACUCGAGCCAUGGAGAUCGGUGUUUCAGGCAUUACAAUUGCUAGGGCAGCUCUCAUCAAGCCUUGGAUCUUCACUGAAAUCAAAGAGCGGCGGCACUGGGACAUCUCCGCACGGGAACGGCUGGACAUGCUCAAAGACUUUACAGACUUUGGUCUGGAGUACUGGGGAUCGGACAAUACGGGUGUGGAGAAGACCAGACAUUACCUGUUGAAUUGGCUUCCGUUUCUCUGCAGGUACAUCCCAGUUGGAUUACUUGAGCGCCUUCCUCCGAAAAUGAGUGACCAACACCCUGGCAUUUUGUAUGGAGACUAUCUGGAAAACUUAAUGUCAAGCGAAAUGAUCAAAGACUGGGUGAAGAUCAGUGAGAUGUUUUUAGGUAGGGUUCCUGAUAAUUACCGUUUCGAGCCAGCACACAAUGUCGAUGCAUACCUCAGGAAGCUGUAGCAAAGCAAGACCUUAAUGCUGCCUCUGCUUGAGGCGUCCAUGUACAUGUUGUGAAUCCUUCAUUUCCAGGCAUUAAAAAUGUGUUCUAUUUA